AUGGAUCGGUCCGGCCGACAACUAGCCCUCCGGGAUUCGGAGAAUAUCGAAGCAGGAAGCAAUGUCACCGGAGAAGUUGAAGAGCCAGGGCGCACGUCAGUGAGACAGUCCACCCGCCGCCGAGGCCCAGGCUUUAUCAACAUUCUAGACUUUGGGUUCCAGUGGGGUAUACCUUCUGUGGACCUUGUCCGCGUUGGCGUUGUGUCUAAAUCCAACAGGGGCACGCUGGACGGCGCCCGUGUUGCUUAUUCAGUCGGCGCCGGGCAUACCGCCACCGUCAUCCAGCACCAGACAGGUGACGAGGAGUUAGAUAUCCUACCUGUGGGAACCACUAUUGCCCUCAAGAUUUUCACACAGAACUCGGUUCCCGAUUCUACGGAGGGUCGGCAGGGCCAGCGGGAAGCUCUGUCCCAGACCUACGCUGCUAUCCUCAGUGAGCUCGGCGUACUCUGCGACCCAGAGCUAUCCGAGCAUCCGAACUUUGUCAAGUUGCUGUUUUUAGGAUGGCGGUCACCCAACCCCUUUCUGAUCCUCGGAAUGGAGCUCGGGGAAUACGGAUCUCUGGAUUAUACCUAUGCGCGCCGGGCGCCGGGGCUCGUCCACGGAGACUUGAAGCCGGGGAACAUCGUGGUUUUCAAGCACCCCGACCCGGAGCGGCAGCUAAUCGCAAAGCUGACCGACUUUGGGGGUGCGUCUGAGCGCGACACAGCCCCGGGCUUCGUUACAUAUCUAUGGUCUGCGCCGGAAGUACUCCACGGGGACCCCGACAUCGACUGGGACAAAUGCGAUAUCUACUCGUACGGUCUGGUCGUCGCUAGCAUCUGGGGCCGCCCAGGAGAGUUCGUGGUCAAGCGCAGGAAGUCUUCCUGCAUUCUCGAGUCUUUCGUCCCGCCAUCUCUGUUAGAAGAAGACGAUCGAGAAAACUUCCUCCUGGUCACAAAGAGCAUCCCUGAGGAUAGACCAGACAGUGCACUGCACUUGAGCCUGAGAAGCUUGCCCACCGCCAGCCCUGCAGUUGUCCGAAAUUUGCUCGGGGUAGUGCUUGUGCCACGCUUUUGGCAGCGGCCAAGCAUGCUUGACGUCAUCUGGUCAAAGUCGUUUCGACAGCGCACCCGAGAGUUCCAGGAAUAUGUUCUUGGACAGCUCGAGCAGGAGGUCGGCGGAAGCCCGGAUCUCUUCUGCUCCGUGGUCGAGGAUAUCACGGAAAGCGCCGACGAAGCCAAGUCCCUUGACCAGUACAUCGAGAUUCUUCGACAGGGCGUCGGCCGCCGGGCGAUUUCCGCCACUGGCGGAGGGGAGGGCUCCACGUUCAUCGAUGCUGGAGACAAAGGGCGUAUCUGCUUUCACAUAGCGCUAUGCUACUUGUACCCCGUUGGCACAGACUUCUCGCUGGAGACAGGCCUGCGCUGGCUGCGGGCCGCAGUUCUUGGUGGCUAUAUGCAGGCAGCGUACCUGUUCUCAGUCCUGCAGCAUCAAUAUCCGGAGCAAAGUCCUCCUCCGGUGCAGGAGCGACUAUCGCUUGCAGUCGCAGGCCUGACAAGGAGCUUACCCUGCUUGGACAUCCUCGCCUCUCGGUGGCCGGCGCACUAUCAGCAGGUUAUGGCUGUCAUACAAGUUAGAGGCAAAUGCCCUGCCGAGUCAGGGGGGAUUUCGGAUAGUAUCAUCUCCUACAACCUUGACCAUGCCCGACGGCUGCUGGAAGGACAAGCAGACGACAGCAAGCCCGCCGUCGCAGAGGGCGACGACAUGGCUGGCGCGCUGCACGCCUUGACUUAUCUCAGAGAUGCCGAUGCUGCGUCGCUGGCCAGGCUGGUUGUCUCCAAAGGCGCAGACUUGAAUGCCUCGCGAGUUGCAUCGCAAGGAGUAUGGGCAACCAAGCUUGAUCAAAGCAGGGUCACCUCUGCGCUGAGCUCGGCCAUCUCGCGCGGGCAGCUCUUGUUUGCUCAGACCAUGGUCGAUCUGCACGAGGAAAAGGAUAUUCCCAUUAAGGAUUUCCUCACUGGCUUGGAGGGAUCUGCGCUACUCGAUCCGCGUCUCCUGCUUAUCGCCGCCAUGGACGACUCAGACAUGCACUCUCUGGAGAACCGGGCCUUCCAUGGGCAACGCCACGACGAGGCAUACGCCAACACCCUGAUGCCGUUGAUCAAGUACGGGGCAAAUCCUACCAGCGGUUUCUUUAGGGACUGCCCCCUAUAUCGCUGUCUGGUUGACGACGAUCCAGUUGCGCUACGGUGCUUCGUUCGAUGUAUACGUGAAACCUAUGAUGGGGACCCGUUCGAACUGGUCAUCGAUCCGGGCCAUUGCCGGGGGCAGGAGUGGUCGGCAAACGGGCAUACAGGACUACAAACCUGUAUCUACUCCAAAUCCCGGCGUUGCUUCUACAUUCUACUUGACGAGUUUCCCCUUCUGAUGGAGGAGCAAAACAUGCGAGGCCUCACGGCUCUCCACUCAGCCACGUUCCACCGCCAGGAUCUAGGGCUGCUACAAGCUCUGCUGGAGCGAGGCGCAAACGUCCUAGCUGUGAGCAAAGACAAUUCGUCUCCGCUCAUGCGGGCGCUGCGAAACAAGAACAUUGAGGCCGCCGAUCUCAUCACGCGGUACUGCUCUCCGGAGCAGCUCGCCAUCCUUUUCCGGCGGCAGCCCGACACGGGCCGCUCGCUCUUCUCGCGCCUGAUAGAUGCCUGGCUCCGUGGCCGUGACCCAGAGCUCAUCGAGAGCUUCAGAUGGGCAGUCGAUCACGGUGCCGCGCACUUCUAUGGCACCACCUUCGACGUGGGCCCGCACCGGGUCGAGAAGCCGCUGUGGAACGACAUACUGGCCAGCGUGCGCCCGCCGUCCGAGGCCUGGCAGCUACACGACCUGGAGCUCCUCGACCUCCUGUUUUCCGUGUUUCCGGACCGGGUCAACGAGCUACAGCAGGACGGUCGCGGUCCGCUGCACGUGGCGGCGUGGUACGGGCAUGUCGAGGCGGUGCGCAGCCUACUGCGCCAGCACGGCGCCGACGUCAACCUCGAGUUUGGAGUCUGCGAGUAUCACCCAGGCGACCCACGGGCCAUGGAGGGCCGUACCGCGCUCAACCUGGCCGUCGUUCGCGGCAAAGCGUCCGGGCUACCUGACGAGGUACGGCGGGGUGGACACGAGGACAUCUCACGCUGGCGGGCCGACUGCGCCGCCAUCAAAGACAUUCUCCGCGCUGCGGGAGGGCGUUCGGGCGGCGGUGCUUCUUUUGCGCAGGCGAUGGAGGUCCUGGCACUGGAUGAGGAUUCCAACGUCUCGGCCGUUUCCAUCAAUGAGCCGGAGCCGCCUGAGCACGAUGAUAUAUGGAGGGGGGAGUGGCCCGAACCGCUCCCUCGGGAUGGCACCAGCGCGCCACCUCCGGAUCUACAGAGCAUGGAGAGGGGGAUGGGGGUUCUGAUGAGCCUCCUGGGCCCUAUGCGUACGAGCAGAGGUGAGAGCCAUAACACCACAGCUGACCCAGAGGAGCGUGACAACUGGAGGUCAAAAGCAAGUCGGAUUCGGCAGUUGUGGAGGCUCCCGCAGGGGUGGGAGCUGCGCAUGGUGGGCGAUAGCGGGACGCUCUUCUUUGUAAACCACAACACGCAAAGCACAACCUGGGACAAGCCGCCUCUGGCAAGGCCAGGCUAG